AUAAGGGGGUGUAUCGAAGGAGCGCAUGCUCAUGUAUUUGUGUAUGUCGUAUCGUCACAGGUUAUGUCAGAUCCAAGCAUGAAGCGGCACGCAUGCGCCCAUACUCAACACACGUGGAGAAGUGACUUCCGGAGUGUAUUGUGUUUCAAAAAGCGAAAACAAGAGGAACAGUACCAGAUGAAACGGAGAUCUUGAGUACUCGUUCUUUACGUGCGUCAUAAUGUGUUAAAUGGAACCUAGCAUAAAAAUACUCCAGCCUUGGCCAGUCCAAAAUGGGACGGACGGUAUCACUUUCCUCUUCGGUGUAAGAAUUAACUCGCUUUUGUUUGCUUAAAUUCAGCGUGUGGUUAAGGUUCGAACUGAAACAAUGAAGGUAAAACUAAAGGCAGAACCACCUGUACCGCCAGGUACAGUGAUAUUGACAGCUAAACCAUUUGCAUUUGUAUUGAAAUCGAAGCUGAGGAGUGAUCGUUGUAAUCAUUGUUUUAAUAGAGCAAAAGUUUUGAGGUGUUCUGGCUGCCAGUAUUUGUAUUAUUGCUCACGUGAAUGUCAGAAGCAAGCAUGGAAUGAGCAUAAAUAUGAAUGUAAUUACUUGAGGAAAAUUGCACCUCGCACAGUGCCUGAUGCUGCCCAUUUAAUGGCAAGAAUUAUUCUUAAGUUGCAGAGAGGAGGUGAUCAAGAGAAAGAUUAUUACUCAGCUACUGGUUUUAGAAAAUUUAAAGAUCUUAUGUCACAUUAUUCUGAUUUGAAAGAAGAUGCAAAACGAAUGGAACACUUCGCAUCUUUGAGUGCUGUUCUUCUUGACUUAUUGGGAGAAAGUAAUUUGCCUAACACAGCAGAGUUAAUGGGUAUAUAUGGUCGUGUAUGUGUAAAUAGUUUCAACAUACUGGAUCCCGAGAUGCUUGCUAUUGGUACUGGUAUCUAUCUUUCUGCAUCUAUAAUAGACCAUUCCUGUGAUCCAAAUGCGGUUGCAGUAUUUGAAGGAACAACAUUGUACAUAAGAACCAUAAAACAAUUUUCUACCCUCGAUUGGAAAAAGGUAAGGAUUACCUACAUUGAUCUUCUAAAUUCAGCCCCAGCUCGACGAACAGAGCUUCAAACAGGGUAUUAUUUUCUUUGUGACUGCAAACGUUGCUUAGACAGUGAAGAACACUUGCUUAUGAAUUCAGUCCAGUGCCCAGAUUCUGCAUGCAUAAAACCUGUUCCUGUUGUGUCUGCUUUAGAUAGUGAUAGAGUCUGCCCCUCUUGUGGUCAUAAUAUUAAAUCUGAAACCUUGAAGCAAUACCAAGAAUUAUUGGAUUUUACUCAACAACAAUUGGAAGUGAUGAAAGAUAUUGCUUGUAUCCUUAGCACAAAUUUAGAUGUGUGUAAAGUUUGUCUUAAGAAACAGCAAGGUCUCUUCCACCCCUUGAAUAUUUAUCAUGUGAAAAUGCUGGAUUUAGCAUUUGAAAGCAGUAUUGAAAUGUGCCAAUGGGAACAAGCAUGUCAAUUUGGUGCUGAGGUGAAACAAGGCUACAGGAGGUAUUAUGGUGAAUUUCAUCCCCUAACUGGAAUAUUUCACUUGAAAUUGGGAAAGCUUCUACUUCAUCAGCAACACGUCCAAAAGGCAUGGGAGGAACUUCUAGAAGCAAAGAGGAUUUUAGCCAUUACUCAUGGGGAAAACCAUAUUCUUUUCAAGAAAGAUUUCAUCCCAUUAUUGAUUCAGUGUGAAAAUGAACUUCAAUCCGAGAUGGUAAAUAAAUACUAGUGUCCUGAAGUAAUGACUUUGAGUGGAAACUUUCACCAUUCGAUCAUAGAGUUCUUUCAUAUUUGUGGUAUCUGAUGUAACAUUAUUACUAUUGUUUUUAGGCAUCACUUCCUUGUCUAACAGUUUUUUAUUGUUUUGUUCAAUAGAGAUUGUGAAGAAUAUAUUGCACUAGCAGCAGACAAUUAUGCAUUCCUUUUUUGAGAUCAUUUUUCUGUGCCAAUUGCUGCCCACCUGGUCUAGAGAUUCAUUCUGAAUAACACUAUAUCGUAAAGCUGAUGAAGUUACAAAACCAGAAAUUCAGUGUUAAAAGCAAUUGCACUUUCUGUAAUCAUAAAUCAGAGAAAGUUACAAUAUUUGAUUUUCCCAACAACAACAAACAGGACUUGAGAAGAAUAUUGUAGCUAUUGAAGUAAAUUUUGUUAAAAACAGAAACUUAUCAUUAUAUUUAACAGAAAGAUGUAUAUCUUAAUCCACUACUGAACAAAAAGAUAUUCCCAGUAAAUACAUUAUUAAACGGAUUAACAGAAUGAUACAAUGCUGCACUUAUUCAGAGAUAAAGUAAUUAUCAUACAUACAAUUUGAGACAUAUUUAAGCUCUCUGUCUUUAUCAAAAUACUUAAAUUGUAAAGUAAUGCCUAAUGCAAAAUGCUUUAAAAUAUAUUUCCUUGAGAAAAAUAGAACUUGCAGUACAGAUAUAUUUUAUUCUUAUCAGUGUGCAAUCUGAACUUCAAAGUUAUGAUAAAAAAAAUUCACAUACUUCAAGGCAGUAUUUUCUUGAAACAUUUGUUGUAAUAAAUCUCCUACAAAAUAAUCUUUUUAAGGUAAUAGAACAUGAAAUUCGGAAUAUUUUAUGUAUAUUUUGAAUGUACAUAUUGCUACACCAUCAAUAUUGGAUAAAGUCAGCAUGCCAAAAAAGACAUUUGUUUUUAAUUAUAAGCUUUCUUUUGUUAUCAGCGAAGCUUCCUAAAGAGUAUAUCCAUCACACUUUGUGCAAAAUAUUAAUUGUGUUCAAUAACACUAUGUCAUGCACUUCCCAGAUUUUUGAAAGUCCUGGGGAGCUUUGGACAAGGUUGUGCAUACAUUUUGCUGAAAAAUCUCUUGACAAACUGUGUUAAUUACACAUUUAAAAUGAUAGUCUGACAAUGUAUUAGUAUUUCUUGUGUUCAUAAUGGUAGAAACAUAUCAAAAACAAAAUAGUGAAAGAAGUUUAAUAAAAUGAGUAAUAGUAUGAGUUCAUUUGUACCUGAGAGAGACUUUGGAUGACUUAUUUCUACUAACAUAAAUGUGUAGAUGUUUUACAUAGAGACUUAUAGAAUAAAAAACACAAAAAACAAAGUAAAAAACUUUAUUGAGUCAAUUGAAACCUAAAAAAUACCAUAUACAUAAAAAUAUUGUUUAAUAUAUGAAGCUUUAUAGUGACUUAGCAAUUCUCAGCCCUGGUAAAUUAAAUAAGACAGUAAAUACAGUAAUACUCGGAAGAUCACAUUUCAACUCUUUUGUAUUAGGCAUGCAUGUCAAGUAAGUUGUAUUAGACAAACGAGCAAUACAGAAUACCUAUAAAUCACUUUAGCAUACUAAUGUUAUACUUAUAAGAAUUUUAUAAUUGUAGGAGGAGAGCAAGGAAAUUUUUAGAAUUACUAUAAGGAAAUUUUCAAUUAGUAAUCCUUAAAGCGUUUGACAAUCGGAGAAAAAAAAGAGUGUGAUAAUUAUAUAAAAAAU